AUGCGUUCGAUUCACAUUAAACAGUAUGCCACGCCCGAUCAAUACGAGCUGGGCGAACUCCCGUCGCUUGCCGUGGAGCACCCCACCGACAUCUUGAUCAAGGUUCAUGCGGCGAGUAUCAACCCGAUCGAUGUCAAGAAAGCAUCGGGUAUCAGUAAAAUGAUUCUCAAAGACAGCUUUCCGUAUAAGCUCGGUUAUGACUGCGCUGGAACGGUUGUAGAUACUGGAUCCCAGGUCACGCGCUUUAAAGCCGGCGAUGAGGUCUUUACGCGAUUGCCAGAGUGCCACCGAGGAGCAUGGAGCGAGCUUGCAAGAUCCACGGAAGAAUUUGUUGCCCUCAAGCCGCCGAGUCUUUCGAUGGAAGAAGCGGCUGCGAUUCCCCUCGCGUGUAUGACCGCACUGCAGGCGCUCCGACGCUACGAUGGGGAUCUCGCAGGGAAGACUGUGUUUAUUCCAGCUGGCCUCAGCGGCACGGGCGCAUUUGCGUGCCAGCUCGCGAAGAAGAUCUUCAAAGCGGGAAAAGUGAUCACGACCGUUUCCACCGCAAAGGUGCCAAUGGUAAAAGAGCUCUUGGGGGAGGGUGUGGUGGAUGACAUCAUCGACUAUCAGAAAUCCGAUCCCAAGUCUGUCAUUCCAUCGCAGUCGGUCGACUUCAUUUUCGAUACGAUGGGAAGCGCCAUGGAUUAUCUCACGUUGAUGCGACCGAGCGGCGCUAUUAUCAGCAUUGCUAUAUUACCAUCUGGCGACGGUCUCCAGAACUCUGGUCUCAUGCGGCGAUCGCCCGACAAGGAAGACAAGGCGCCAGUGCCGUUCCCGAUUCGCAUGGUCUUGAAUGCUAUGGAUCGCAUCCGAGUAUUCCGUGCAUCUCGCUAUGGCGUCAACUACGCAUCCAUCUUCCUCGAGCCAAAUGCGACCGAUCUGGAUUCGAUUCGCGGGUGGGUGGAAGAGGGCAACUUGAAAUCGAUUAUAGGGAAGAAGGCGGAUUUUAAGGACAUCAACGCAGUCCGCGAUGCUUGUACGGAGGUUUACAAUGGGAAAGGGGGGCUCGGAAAGUCUGUCAUCGUGCUGAUUUAA